AUGUCUCAACCACCGUCUCCAUUCCCCCCGCAAACGCAGUUCUACUCAUCCCAGAUAAUGAAUCCCGACACACCUCCUCCACCACCCCCCAAACCCAACAGCCACGAAGCGAGUCGACGCGGCACUCCGCAAAACACAUCUACACAACCCUGGCAGCCAGACCAGACAGGCGCACAUCCCAAUAAUCCUCAACAGCCAUAUAUCCCCGAUCCCCCAACAAUCGAGGAGGGAUGGCUCCCAGACCUAGUGUCCGAUAAAUCGAUAGGAGCACCUCUUAACCCACGCAACCCCAGAACCACCGACCUCCAAACAAUUCUCGAAGACCCAUCCCUGAUCUCCGCCCUCUCAAGCCAACACUCCUCCUACACAACCCGCCAACAACAGCUCGAGACCCUUAUUCAAACAAACAAAGACCUUGCAACCCGCGUUCUGGAGAUGCAGAACCACCUCGCCGAACUUCGCGCCUCCGCGGAAACAAUGCUGAUCACACACCAGUCGCUGGAGGUCUCCUGGCGCAAGAAGCAAGCCGAGAUGGACGCCGCUCUAGCCCCGUGGUCGCCGAAAGCACUAUACCAACGCUUCAGCGCAGCGAUCACGGAACAAGAGGCUGUCUGUCAUGCUGUAGAGGAGAGUUUCCUCGAUGAAGACCAUCACGGUCGGGCCACAGAGAAGGAGAUUGCAGAUUGGGUCCGGCGCGUACGGGGCGAGGCGUCUAAAUUAGCGGCUCGGAAGGAGGCCAAAGCACGGUGGGAUGAGGGACGUGUUGGAGGUUGGCGAUGA